UCACAUCAAAUAUUAUCAUUUAUAAAUCAGCUGUUGCCGCUUUUGGCUGCAGCUACAUAGUGUGGCUACAGUGUAUAAAGUUUUUUGUUUUGCUGUAGUUUCUACAGUAAUUAACAUAGUUACGUUCAAUAUAUACCUGUUUAUACGUUAAUCAAUAUAAGAUUGACCUAGUUAAUAUUUGCUUACUAAUCGUUUCAUACAAUAACGUGUUACUUGUGCUUGCACUUUUUAAAGAAAAAUAGUUUUUACAAUAUUCAAAGAAUUUAUUGCACAUUCCUAGUUAUUAGAUAUGGAGUUUACUUUAAACGUUUUUACUUUGAACUGUUGGGGCAUUCCAUUUGUAUCAAAAAACCGUAAGGAACGAAUGGAAGCAAUAGCAAAAUAUUUAAUCACUAGUGAUCAUAAUAUAGUGUGCCUGCAAGAGGUUUGGAGUGAACAGGAUUAUUUAUAUUUGAAGGAAAACAUAAGUACUGCCUUGCCAUAUUCUCAUUAUUUUUAUAGCGGUGUGUUGGGUUCAGGACUGUGUGUAUUCUCUAAAUGGCUCAUACAAGAUGUAUUCUAUCACCAGUGGCCAUUAAAUGGCUACAUACACAAAAUACACCAUGGUGACUGGUUUGGAGGCAAAGGGGUUGGCCUGUGCAGGAUAAAAUACAUGGAAAAACUGAUAAAUGUUUAUUGUACUCACUUACAUGCAGAAUACAAUGAAGAUGACAUAUAUUUGGCGCAUCGAGUUCUGCAAGCACAUUCCACGGCUGAAUUUAUUAAUCUUACCUCACCACCAGCUGACAUAUCUAUCUUAGCGGGAGAUCUCAAUACUGCACCAGGAGAACUGUCCUUUAGAUUAAUAACACAGAUACCAAACUUGAUAGACCCAGGCAGCGUUGGAGCAGCUGGCGAUGGCCCAACAUCGAUAAAAGCAAUAGGGACAUGUGAUAAUAUCAACAAUAGUUAUUCUAAUCCUAAAAUAGCAAAAGCCUGUCCAGAGGGAAAGAGAAUUGAUCAUAUAUUGUAUCAUGUAGAUCCUGCUUGGGAGGCCGAGGUGAUUGACAUGAAAAAUCCUCUGGAAGAUAGAGUACCAGGUCAAAACUUUUCAUACUCCGACCACAAUGCUGUAUCUCUGCAGUUGAAAAUAAAACCGUCAAAUGUUAAAAAUAAAAUACGAUCACAGAGUUCAAUUGAUAGUUAUGAUGAUACAAUAAUAGAAGCAAUCAAAGUUUGUAAGGAAGCAAUGGUGACUGUAGCUAAAUCGAAAAAGUUGUACCUUUUUACCGGAACAUUGAUUUUCAUGUUUCUCCUUGGUUCAGUCGGAUUUUGGCCCAAUAGCAUAAUUGCAGAUGUAAUUAAGAUUCUAAUGACCGGUGUAUGCUUCUAUUAUAUAGUAAUGGGAUCACUUUGGAAUAGAAUUGAGAUGAACAGUUUAAAAGCUGGUGUAACAGCAUUGGAAAAUUUCAAAUGUAGCAAAAAUUAUGAUUUGGGUAAAUCUAAAUAUUAACUGGAGCGCAUUUAUUCGACAGAAAGGCGAUUUAAUUCCUAUACAGUAAUAUAUAACACAUCAGUAUUUAUGUAAUACGUAUUUUAGUUUAAGAUGGUUACAUAUCCAUUACCAAAAACAGUUUAUUAUAAAUAAAUAAAUAAACUUAUUAGAUAAGUCAAGUUCAAUCUGUUAUAUAUAUUUGAUUACGCAAAAUAAUUAUGCAUAUUUGUUCUGAAAAUUGAUUACUUAAAUUACAUACUAGCUACUUACUAAAAUAGUAAAUCCAUAUAGUUCAGGAUCCAUCGCCCAUUUUUGCAAGUGAUUACUAUCAAGCUAAUUUUCCGUGAGUAGCUUUAUUUUGAUGAGACGCCCAAUAAUUUCCUAUACGAAACUCUCGAUUGUGGUAGCUUACAGAGGUAACAAGGAUACAAUUUUUUGAUUUGAUGGUUCUCAAAUAUUUAUUACUAACUGAAUUUUUUUUUUGUUCAAUCUCAAGAUAAUUAUCUAAAUUAUUCGAAAAAAUAUUUGUCCUACAAAGUCUAUAGUUUGAUCAAAGAGUCCUUUCCAAUGUGUAUCGAUAACGAGGUCAUCAUAAAUUAUAACCAGCAGAUUUUUUUGUUUUCAUUUAGUUAAUAUUUAUAUAAUUCAACAGACAUAUUGUCCUACAAAUU